UAAGAAAAAUACAGUGUGCAUUAAUCUUCUCAAUUGGAUUGGACUAAAUAUUAAUCAUAAAAUAUAUUUUUCAUUAAAUAAAUUAUUAUCCUCGUCAUUUUUUUUAGUAUACAAAAGCUUUUAAAUUUUAGUUUUCCACACAUUACCAAAACAUUUUAUGUUUGAUACCCAUAAUAAUAAUAUACACGUACGUGAUCUUCGACGCGGGAAAAUCUAAACUAAGAAAGAUAUGGAUUGAUACAAAUAUCAAAUAAUAUCAACUACUAUACUAUAUAUAACAAACCCUUCGUCGCACGUUAUAGUUUUAUCUCUUGCUUCGUUAUCGUGAGGUGCUAGGGAGACGAUUGUUCAGGAAGCCUUCUUCUUCUUCUCCAAAAUUUGGUAACUGUACGCAUCUGAUCUUCAUUUUUCUUUUAGUUGAGAAUGAGACUAAGACCUCUAAUCUAGUGUUUACAUUGGUUUGCUCUGUUUGAAUUGAAUGCUUCACAUGUGUAGUUUAUGUGCCAUGUCAUGUGGUCCUUUGGAAGAGCAAAUUAAUAUGGCUUAUGGAUUUUUCAAGGAUCCAAAAUGUUGAGAAAAUCCAAAUCGUAAUUAUAUUUUGAGAUGCUAUAAAACUUGAGGAAUGAGAUUUGUAUCUAAAGUCAUUUAAAAAGGAAAAGUAGUAAUCAACAAAAAUUCUCUUUCUUUAGAUACCAAAGGGGUUUAGUCAAUUUCAAACCAUGGUUGAAAGAAGAGUUCAAGUGGAGCCAAGUCUUAGUGAUGCGCAUUCAUAUAUCACUGCUGUGAAGGAAGCCUUUCAUGAUGAACCUACAAAAUAUGAAGAGUUUAUUAAACUCAUGAUUGAUAUUCGUGAUCAUACUGUUGAUAAAGCUACUGGCCUUUCAAAUAUGACUGAACUCAUUAAAGGGCACCCGAGGCUGCUUCGUGGUUUAAGUUUCUUCUUUCCACAGGUUAAGAGAUCCAUCUCUCCCAAGGCUAACAAUACCAUCCAUCAUGAGGCUAAUAGAACCAUCAUUCUCAAGGCUGAGGCAACCAACCCUCCCGAGGCUGAGCAUCGUGGUGCUAAGUCUAAAUAUACCAUAAGAAAACGUAUUGAGCAUGAUUGGGAAAAUUUUAUGAACAUGCUUAAGACAAGGUUUCGGAGCCUUGAUACUCAUGUAGUUGAGUCAUUUCUCAAGAUAAUGAUAAUGCAUAACGAAGGAAAAAAAUCGGAAAAGGAGGUGCAAGAGGAGGUAGAUUCUUUGUGGGCUAUUUUGCGUUGUCCUUUCACUUGUUUUUUUUUGUUGGUCCAAGCAAGCGUAAUAAGGGGAGAGGGAAAUAGGGACAUAAUUUUCUCAAUUCCAAUCGACUGGUUAUAAUAUAUCUUGCAGGUCGUUGAUCUUCUCUAUUAUCAUGAAGAUUUGAUCGACAAGUUUUUCAGAUACUUUAACAUGAGAAAAUAAUCUUCUAGCAUCAAGAUCUCUAACACUUUUAUAAGGAGAAGAAAAUGUAAACAGAGCUACGAGGGUUGAUCCAAAGGUGGUUUAGCUCAAGACCUACUCAUUAGAAGCUUCCGCUCUGUUUUUUAUUCCAAUAUUUGCUCACUUUCUUUGUUGGCUACUUGGCUUUAACCGUUCAUUUUGUUGUAAAUAACCCUUUUCUCAUCAAUUAAUUUCACAUUUCACCAAAAAAAAAGUAUAUGAACUUUCUU